AUGCUACUUUCAUUAGUGGAUUUUGUGGCAGAUUUGCGAGAUACAUUUUCAGACGUUGAAAGUCAAGCCAAACAACUAAGUAAUUUUGUGGAUCAAGAAUAUUCUGAUGCAAACAAACGAAAGGUCACAAGAAUGCGAACCGACAAAGAAUCACAAGCUAGUAGCUUAAGCCCGGCUGAUAAAUUCCAAGUAAACACAUUUUAUGUGAUUAUAGACAAAUUAGUUGCCGAGUUGCAGAAACAGAGUGAAGCACAUGAUCUCAUCAUUCAACUAUUUGGCUUUCUCACACAAUUAUUAUUUAUAGAGACAGAUGUAUUAGAAAAAGAAGUAGCAAAUCUCGUAAAGGUUUACUCUGACGAUAUAGAAAAAGAUUUAUCAGUUGAAUUGAAACAAUUUAUUUCAUGUUUAAAAGGGCAGCCUAAGGGCUUUUUUCCAAUCGUACAGAAAAAAACACAAGUGCAAAUGAUGAAAUAUUGUGGUCCCUUGAAAGUUUUAAAUUGGCUUGUAGAUUUAGACAUGAUACAAGUUUUUCCGAAUACCUAUAUUGCUUACAGGAUACUACUUACACUUCCAAUCGCAAAUUGCGAAUCAGAAAGAUCAUUUUCAGUUUUGAAAAGAAUAAAAAACAUUUAUCGAUCAACAAUGUCAGACGACAGACUAUCAUCUUUAACAAGAUUAAGCAUCGAAGUGGACUUAUUGAGAUCAAUUGACUUCGAUGACUUAAUUCAUGAUUUUGCUAGAGCAAAAUCAAGAAAAAAAUGUUUUUAA